AUGAUGGAGAGGAACAGGCACGACAGUGAGCAGUCCUGCUGCAGCACCUUCCAGUACCAUGACCUGGAGGCCGCUGAGGCACUUGUCAGCAUGAGCUCCUGGGGUCAAAGUUCAGCAAACCACAAGCCACGACCCCUGACCCCUACCUCGGACUCCUGCGACUCUCUCCUCCUGCACCCUGAGAUCAUCGAGUCCCCCAAGGACCCGAUCGCACUCUCAUCAAUGGUAAGUGGAAUCUCAUUAUGUAGGCUACUGUGGUUAAAAUGUAUACUGUAAGAAGAUACAUUUUUUGGGUCGCAACUGAGGAACCAAAACUGUCAUUUUAAAUCAAUCAAAACUACAAUAAGCUUUUUUUUCUUAUAGAGAAAAUAUAUUUUUCUUUAAUUCCUGUUUCUCUUUCUUUUUUCCAGUGCAUGACCCCCCCUCACAGCCCCAGCUUUGCUGAGACCGCUACCACAACAGCUGUCCUCACCACCACCUCAUUGGCCAGCUCCAGCUCAGGCCCCAGACCAGUCUUAACCCGGCCCAGACUCUGUACAGGUCUGCCCUGCAGAAAUGCCCCUCUCCUGGGCCAACGACCUGGUACGGCCCCCAUCUUCGAGAGCUAUGGAGCUCCAGAGCUGCCCAGCAGAGCCAUGGUGACCAGCGUCAUCCGGCACACUGCUGACAGGGCCCUCGCACAGCACAGCAACAACAUUCCACCUCAGUCCCUCGUAGGGCAGCACACAGACACCAACUCCAACAGAAACCCUACUGCAGUCCUUCUGGCUGAGACCGUUCCUAUGCAGACUCAACCACAGAGCUGCAGCACUGGUCCGUGUGUUAAGGUAGAGAAGGACCAAGGCAGAGCAUCCUCACCUGACAGCAGCACAAGCCCCUCUACUCCUCCCACCCAAAGGUCCCCAUCCCAGGCCACAGCCACCUCCCGGUCCUCACCCCCCAUUCCCAGCUCCCAGGUCCUCUGCCAGGUGUUUCCAGUCAACGGGCGGACAGGGAUGAUCUCUGCGUUCGUCCAGGCAGGCCCGGUCCAGAUAACCCAGGGGGGGCCCAAGCCCAUACUACCCCAGUCGCCCUCCUCCUUCCCCCGGCCGCUGCAGCUGGUGGGCUCCUCUGUGACUCAGGGGACGGUGAUGUUUGUGGUUCCCCAGCCUCCCGUGUCCCAGGCCCCGUCAUGCGCACAGACUGUCAUGACCCUGGGUAACACCAAGCUCCUGCCCCUGGCCCCAGCUCCAGUUUACAUGCCCUCAGGUCAGAGCAGCAAUGUCACACAAGCUGACUUCUCCCGCAGACGGAACUACGUCUGCAACUUCCCUGGCUGUAAGAAGACCUACUUCAAAAGUUCCCACCUCAAGGCCCAUCUCAGAACUCACACUGGUAGGUACCCACUCUAUACGACACUAAUGGGUAUUCUACCCAAUGGCAUUUAGAUUAAUGAUCAUGUUGAAUAUGAAGUGUGUUAUCUUCCACUGAUGUACUUAUGGUUACCAUUUCUAUCCUCCCGACCAGGUGAGAAACCAUUCAGCUGCCACUGGGAGGGCUGCGACAAGAAGUUUGCCCGCUCUGAUGAGCUCUCCCGCCACAGGCGAACACACACUGGCGAGAAGAAGUUUGUGUGUAACGUGUGCGAUCGGCGCUUUAUGCGCAGCGACCACUUGACCAAGCAUGCUCGCCGACACAUGACCUCCAAGAGGACCUCCUCGUGGCCGGCUGAAGUCCGCGACCUCCACAAGAUGACGGUAUCUAAGGGCCCGUCUAGUGGCUCCAACCUUCCUCUCAGUGUGAUGGUCCGUGCCCCAAAUUAG